GUUCGGGUCAGGUGACAGCUGGCCCCGCCCUCACACAAAGUCAGCGGAUCCCGAAGAGUCCCUUCUAUUCGGAAGCGGCUGCUGGCGCGAGGGUGCUGCUUUCGGCGAGGUCGGUCCGCUGAACCUGGGAGGCUGUCAGUUCGGAGAAGUCAAAGAACAUGAUGAGGAAUUGGCUGUUUAUUUUGACCCUUUUCCUCUUGAAGUCCAUAGAGAAAUGUGAGUCAACUGUCAGUCUCAUUGUGCCUCCCACUGUGAAGCUGGAAAAUGGCAGUUCAACCAACGUCAGCAUCACCCUUGGGCAUCCAUUAAAUACAACCUUGGUGAUCACUUUUGAAAUCACGUUUCAUUCAAAAAAUCUCACUAUUCUGGAACUUCCUGAUGAAGUCGUAGUGCCUCCCGGAGAGAAGAAUGCCUCUUUCCAAGUGACUUCUCAAAACGUUGGACAAGUGACUGUUUAUCUGCACGGAAAUCAUUCCAACCAGACCUGCCCCAGGAUUCGGUUCUUGGUGAUCCACAGCAGAAUCGUUAGCAUCAUAAACCAGGUGAUUGGCUGGAUCUACUUCAUGGCCUGGUCCGUCUCCUUCUACCCACAGGUGAUCCAGAACUGGAGGCGGAAAAGUGUCGUUGGUCUCAGCUUUGACUUCUUAGCCCUGAACUUGACAGGCUUCGUGGCCUACAGUGUUUUCAACAUCGGUCUUUUGUGGGUGCCCUACAUUCAGGAACAGUUUCUCCUCAAAUACCCCAACGGCGUGAACCCCGUCGACAAUAAUGAUGUCUUCUUCAGCCUACAUGCAGUCGCCCUCACUCUGAUUAUUAUCCUGCAAUGCUGCCUAUAUGAGCGAGGCAACCAGCGCGUGUCGUGGCCCUCUGUUGGCUUCCUGGUACUCGCGUGGCUCUUUGUGUUAGUCACCAUGAUUGUGGCUGCAGUCGGUGUGACCACAUGGCUACAGUUCCUCUUCUGCUUCUCCUACAUCAAGCUCGUCAUCACGCUGAUCAAGUAUUUUCCACAGGCCUACAUGAACUUUUACUACAAAAGCACCGAGGGCUGGAGCAUUGGUGGCGUGCUCCUGGACUUCACAGGGGGCAGCUUCAGCCUCCUCCAGAUGUUCCUCCAGUCUUACAAUAACGACGAAUGGACGUUGAUCUUUGGAGACCCAACCAAGUUCGGACUUGGCGUCUUCACCAUCUUCUUUGAUGUUGUCUUCUUCAUCCAGCACUACUGUUUGUACAGAAAGAAACCGGGGCUUCAGGCAGCACACACAGGUCCGACAGCCAACCCAGACAGAACUGGGCAGCAGGUUUGCAGCCGAUGGCCUUGCCCCAAACCACCAGUGUUUCUGGGAGCAGCUUGAAGGGCUAACCUUGCAGCUGGGAGCCAAGGAUGCUUCCACCACUGUGCUCACGGGAACCAAGCAGCCAGGUGCUGUGGCCAAUGGACUGGAACAGGUGCUGAUGCUGGUGGUGGAGGGGAGAGGACUGUGGGGUGAGGCUCGGGGUCCUUUCUCUGAAGGCUACAUUUCUGAUCCUCAUUCUCUACAACUGCUCCAGUCACUGGAGAACACGUGGCCCCGGGCCAGUGCCUGGUAAAGUGUAUUUCUGAUCCCUGAGGUGCCUGCCAGAUCAGUGGGAAGUGGACCUGCUGCCCUCUGGAUUGUUACAUACAAAGACAGUUAUCACAGUAACUUUUUGAUUUUUUUUUUAAUCCCCAAGGGAUAUUUUGAAAUGGCUUGUUUUCUUUUGCCCUCUUUCUUACCUCCACUUUCUGAGAGUCAGAAGGAGCCCCAUCUCAGUACCUCACCCCCACUGCUCCUAACAGUACACCUAUGGAGCAGGUACAUAGUACCAGCAUGUGCCUUAGAAACCCAUCAGUCAACCAAGCAGUAAGAGUACUCUCCCCCCCCACCCCAGAGGGGAUACCUCCUUCCCUUCCCCCAUCCCCAAACUAGAACUCCACUUUCUUAGCUGUUGAGGAACCUCAGAAGAACAGGAACUCACCUCCUGUAAUGCUUAUGAGUCCCACCCUGAUCCCUAGCCUCCUCCUCCUCCUCCUCCCAACUGUCCUUCCUAUGCCAGAUGGGGAAGGAACCAAGGUGUGCCUUGAGUUUAUCAGUCUGUCCUUUUUGCUCUCUACAAGACUGAUACUGAGGGGCCCUUGUAUUUCUCAUUCUUGUAUAUUUUUUUUCUUGUCUUAUUUCAUUUUGGUGGAGUAUAUGUCCUUAAUUAAAAGGUGGCUUGUUUACA